CUACGGGCCGUGGGCAGCUAAGCAACCUCCCUCAUCGGGGAGGUUGCCUUGAAGUUUCUGCAUGUGCGCGUUUGGUGCGGUCUUCUUCUCUAGAUGAGCAUAACAUUACAUCGUGGACUACAUACUAGAAUGACAAACUCGGACGCGCGUCUUGAUCAACAGAUACCGUGGUUUCUUUGGUGCUUAAAGAAAGUUCUUUCAACCUAUUUGCCGCCCCUCGACUGUCCAAGGAUACAGCCACACUGAACCGAGAGUGAGGCGCUCUGAAAAUCGUUGAUAUUGGCGGGUUUGAUUAUUUUAUCAGAUUGCCUUGACAAACAGAGACAACCAACAGAGGUCAUCCGAUUCCUAUAGGAUCAAAUCAUAUGUGGUUUUAACGGAUAAAUCGUUUUCCUUGAUCGACAGACGUCGUCGUUAAUACGUCCUCCUUACCAUCGAUUACCUUUGGUGAAGACUUCGAUGGUCUCCUUAUACUGAUACUCGACGAUUCGAUCGCCUGACCUUUUCCCCCCUCAUUUUCAUCGAGGGCGGUGUCGACGACCUUGGGUUGAACAUUUCGUCCUGUCGGUUUUCGACCGUUCGUGGGGAUCUAAGGCGUAUCAAGAAGAUAGCUCAGCCCACGAACCUAUGCGAUCUCGAAACAUAUAUGGGGAUGACCGGAUUUUUGCGGCGAUACAUCGCAUGGUACAAUCAGAAGGGCAAGCCCCUACAAAAGCGUAAAACCGAACUAAUCGCAACCAAACGGAAGAGUAUCAUCAAGGGCGUACCAAAGACGCCAACAGCCAGGAAGCGCUGGGCAAAGAGCGUAGCCUUCGAACCCAAUGCGGCAGACAAGGAAGGCUUCAGACUUCUGCAAGCCCAGCUGACAGACCCCAUCUACCUACCUAAUACAGUGGAACUAUGGUAUGACAACCUUCUUCAAGAUAGACGCCUCACUGGACCGAAAAAAGAAAAAAGAGAAGAGAACUAGUAGCUACAGCAUCGAACACGCUUCAUUCCCAGGUCCACCUUUUCAUCUUUUGCAGCUCCUUCCACAGUGCCCAACAUAUACCACGUCGUGGAGCUUAUGACGGAUCCGUUUGUUUUGCAGCCCUUGAAUACUUGGAAGUUGCACGUAUCACGCCAAUAUAAUGUCCGCAACGGUUGGAGAAGGAAAGCCUAGGGAACUCAUCUUUUAUCGAUGUCGACAGGUUUUGUUUUGAUAGGGCUGAUGGUUAAUCUGAGAGAGAGGAUAUGUCACUCUACUUGGGAUGGGAUACUGCCUAUAUAUCGCCACGGCCUCGUCGGGAGGACCAGAUUGAAGAUAAGGCUAGAACUAGAACACCUGUGAACAUGGCCUAAUUAUGAAAGUUUUCUGUGAAUGGCAAUGUGAUAAGAAACAUUAAGCAAGCAUGUGUACAGUAUGAUAGUGGAC